CAACGUUCAGCAGAAGCGCCGGAUGGAGUUUAAUGCAGCACAUCGCAGUGUUACAUGACCUAGCCAAGGUGCGUUUGGUAAUAAUACCAUUUAUUUGACCUAACGCCUUGUGUCCUAAGAUGAUCAGUUGUUCGAGAUGUCUACAACCACAGGACGAGUUCUCAGCGGUCUGACACGCGUUGCUUUCAGUCGAGGAAUAUUUGUUCAUAACGUGACACCGACUGUGAGACUGAACACUGUGCGGUCCCUGGCGCUGAGCCCUCACAGGUCAGCUGAGUCCAAAGAUGAAGAGGUGAUCAGUGAGCCCAUCAAGUUCUCCACUAGUAAAGGCAGUCACAGGACCUGGAGAGUUGAUCGCUCAAUGGGGAGCCAACAUAGGCGCCCUCUGUGGAAAGUCCUCCCCAUCAGCAUCGGAUUUAGUGUCUUACUGCUGUGGUGUGCACUGAGAAGCGAGUCGGACAUUGAUGAAAAGCUGGAGAAGCAGCUGUAUGAGCAUUUUCCCACAUCUUCAGAGGAGGAAGAAGAGGAACAAGACAAAAGUGAAGCAAGCUAACAAAUGUGGGACUUAUGAUUUGUAUAUAUUUCAGGUUAUAUUUAUUGCGACAUGGUUGCUUUAGUUUCAGGCUGAGGCACCAACUCAUUGAGUUGAAGAUGCAGUGGUGAAGCCGUCCAUUGCUAUGGGAUGGUUUACGCAAAAAUGAGUUGCAUUGCGUUAGACCAUAUAUUGCCUUUUGUCAGUUAAAUGUUGUGAAUUAAAAUGCCUUGAUUUAA